UUCACAGCACAUCUACAGAGUGUGUAGGACACAAACAAACAUCAGUACACACAUAUUCGCACACACACACUCAGGAGCCAUGGCGGCCCUGAUUGCUGCCGGCUCCGUCUUCUUCCCAGGACUCUUUCUGCUCUCCAAAAAGGGUCUGAAACACACGAUGGGAUGGAGCGAGGGGGAUGCUGCCAUCGUCUCCACACGACUGGUGUCUUCUGUCCAAGCCAUCAUGGCCUCCUCAGCUGGAUGUAUCAUCGCCUCUUCCUGCAGAGACAUCAUACAGGACAGACAUUGGUUGACUGACACCUACAUUCUAUUUGCGACUCCUUACUUUGCCUACGACAUCUACGCCAUGUUCUUGUGCGACUGGCACAAGCUGCAGGUCAAAGAUCACAUGGAGGAGGAGGGGGGUCGGAUCCGGUCCACAAGAGCUGCUGUGGUGGGGUACCUGCGCCGAGAGCUGCUCAUGGUGCUUCAUCACAUCUUCAUGGUGGCCUUCUGCUUCCCCGCCUCUCUGCUGUGGAGGGAGGGUAAAGGUGAUUACUUUCAGGGCCUCUUGUUUCUGGCUGAGCUCAGCACACCGUCCGUCUGCCUGGGAAAGGUCCUCAUUCAGUACAGGAAGCAGCACACUCUACUGCACAAAGUGAACGGAGGCCUCAUGCUACUCACCUUCUUCGGCUGUAGGGUGUUACUCUUCCCAUACCUGUACUACGCAUACAGCAGGUAUGCAUCCAUCCCACUGUACUCGGUUCCACUGGUGACCCCCUGGCAGUGUAACCUGGGGGCUGCUCUGCUCUGGCCCCUGCAGCUCUACUGGUUUGCACUGAUCUGCAGAGGAGCCCUCCGCCUCUUCAUCACGGGACGUUCAAAGUCACCGCAGACGACCUUAAAAGAUGAGAGCUGCCUGAAACAGAACAACGGCUGCACUUGUCAUCAGGAGGAGGGACAGACACGCAGACACUGAAGCUGGAGGACAGGGAAAGGUCACAAAUACCAAAAAACUGACUUUAAACUUCAACUUAAGGUCAUGAACAGGGAGGUUCUGUUAAAUAUGGACAAAACCUGUAAAAAGUUUGAUGUCAACACCUAAAGCAGUGAUGGUCAGAGGAACAAAAAAGUGAAGAAAAGUCAGAGGAAGUCGGACUGAAACAGAGAGCAUUCAGAAUUAGUCAUGGACAACUUUAACCAGAUGAAGACACAAAUGAAAUCUGCAAUUCAGGAAUGUAUUGAUUCAUUAUCCAUUUGAAAUUUUACCACGAGAAGAACUCGACUAUGAAGACAGAGUAAUGUUGUUGAAACCAGUAGAUUUCCUCUCUGGGAUUAAUUCAGGAAGUUGGAAGAUGGAAGAUUUAAAAUACUUGAAACAGCUGAUACUGAAAACUUAUUAAGAAGUGAAAAUACACAGCCAGUUAUCAUUAUACUCAGAACGGAUCCAGGAGACAACAUUCAUUAGUUUUAUUUUUUUAUUUGAACUUUUUAA